UUGAAAUGAGGUGUGUUUGUGUCAACUUCCUGUGACGUGCCGUGUUUUGUUUUGAUGAUUCGUAUUUUCGUUAGUUGAUGUAAUAGAACACGUAUUACAAGGUGUUCAGUAUCGACUGCGCUGUUGUGAACCACGGCCAAGCACCAUGGGAGAUGCUGGCGGUGAAGAGAGUCCACAGCCAGAGGUUUUGAGGAAUGAAUACCCAGCUUUAGUCACCACCGUGUUUUCUACAGGUGUCGAGCUAAUACAAAGCUAUGGCUGGUUCCUGCUUGCUGCUGUUCUGCUCCUCCUGUACCUGCGGAACAAGUUCCAGGCCACAUGGGACAAGAUGCAGAAGUCUCGAGAGGAAGAGAGCUACAAGAAAUAUGAUGUAGGUGCAACACAGAGCCGCCUGGAGGCCAUGGAGCGAUCCCGCCAGCGCAUGCAGGAACAGCUCGAUGCACAGGCAGAAGAAUAUACAGAGAAGCAGAGAAAGAAAGAAGAAGAGAAGAGGAAACAAAAGAUCGAAGAUUGGGAUCGUCAUUUAGAAGGGAAAGGCUACAGAUCCAAGUACAAGCCGAAUGAAGAUGGAGAGGAGGCCUCAGGGCACCUGCCGAAACCCAAACCCAAGAAACCUCUUCGCCAAUCAGAUUACAAUCCCCUGAUGGGAGGAGCCAGCUCCGGAACGUUCCGCCCAGCGAGACGAGGGGGUGCCGGUGGGGGCGGAUGAGGUUAAUAAGUGUGAACCUUGAAGUCAUGUGACUUAUGGUCACUUGACUCGGUUCACACGUAAUUGGCAACAUGUGGUCCACAACAGAAAGUUCAUGUGCAUUAGUUAUGUUCAUUUUGAGGUUCUGUCAUUUUGUUUACUGUUACAUGUCAGGUUAUCUUUGUUUAUAGUUUUUUCAUACAGUCUUCUUCCCCAAACGUGGGCACGGGUGGCCCAGGUGUUUAAGGUGCCGUAAUUCGCUCUGCAGAGCUUUGUCCCUUGGGUGUGCCAAAAACCUAUCAUCGUAGGUUCGGAUCCCAGUUCACCCCAAUUAUGUUUCUAGGAUUGUCAACACCAUCGCCAUGUUCGUGGAUUUAAAAAAAGUGGUAAACAUCUCAGACCUACAUCACUGUUGGAUACCUCUCACAUCAAGCUGAUAUUACUGGAAUACUGUUCAAAGCGGCGUUAAACCCAACUCACUCAUUCAUUUUAACCCAAACACAACAUAGCCCUUACCAAACAUAUCUAAAUUCUACCCCACACCCAUCAGAGCCCUACCAAACAGCCUACUAUAGUCUGGAAAGUACCGACGUUUACUACAAUAUCUGAAAAACUAUUGGACCUACUCCAGUCAAAGUUGGUAUGAGAUUAGUAAACAGUCAUACAUAACUGGAUAUUACAUUUAAAGACAAUCGGUGCAUGAAUAAAA